AUGUCACUUCCACUCAUCUUCAUGCUCUCGUCGUGUUUUACUAAUUCUUUCUUGCAUAGUUUGAACUUUAACUCGUCAAGCGAGAAGCCACAUUCUAUUCUGAGGCCUUUAUGCGGAUAGAGAGGAUUUGCAGUCGUGUCAGACUUGAGUCGUAAGUUUACCGUGUUGAAACGUGGAAAAAACCUUCAUAAACUCAUUCUGAAAAUUACAAGAGGGCGGACAGUAUUAAUUACGGUUAAUCGUAGAUAACGUUUCCAGUGAGAAAGGCGCACGAGUUCAAAGUCCUUUCAUGUAGGAGCGUGAUUUGUCUUGCUCUUCCUAUGAGGCCAAAACCCUGAUUGCAGAUAACUGCAGAGUCGCUUAGCAUCUUAGUAUUGCUUCGUAAAAAGGAUUCAACCACAGUGGAAAUGAAAAUGAUUGAAAAUACACCAUCUAACCCAAAUGAUAUAUCUAUUAUAUUGGAGCCCUGUCCUGUGGGUCUUGAGACAGCAUACAACACAUUAUAUUCUCCUGAUGCCAUUCAGUUCAUAGCUGAACUUGUUUCAACUUUUGACACUCGUAUUGAGCAACUUUAUUGGAAACGUUUAACAACAAAAUGUACGUAUCAAAAGUUGGAUCAACUGCCAAAAUUUAGAAACUCACCCGAAAGGCAUGAGAAGCAUUGGAAAGUAGCACCACUGCCACAACGACUGCAAAAUCGGCAUUUGGACUUGGGUGAUGUCAGUCCUGCAAAUACAGAUCAUUUCAAGAAAGCUUUACUAGCUGAUGUGCAAGGUAUUCAGGUUGACUUUGAUGAUGGGCAUUGUCCUACAUGGAAGAAUCAACUCAUAGGUUUAUACAACAUCUUCAAAGUAGUACAUGGACAGUUCAGUGGUAUUCCUUCUCUAAGUACUCUUCCAAUUUUAAUGCUUCGACCUCGGGCAUGGAAUAUGAUUGAACACAAUAUGAUGGUCAAUGGAAAAGAAGUUCCUGGACCAUUAUUUGACUUUGGAGUUCUCGUCUUCCAUAAUGCUCAUGAACUUUUCAAAGAAGGAAGUGGACCUUUUUUCUAUCUCUCUAAACUCGAAGGAGCAGAUGAAGCUGAACUCUGGAAUGAUAUUUUUGUAUGGGCACAGCAGAAAUUACAGAUUCCUUAUGGGACAAUAAAAGCUUGCGUUCUUAUUGAGAACAUCCUUUCUUCUUUCGAAAUGGAUGAAAUUCUAUAUAAAUUGAAAGAUCAUUCUUUAGGCUUGAAUUGUGGUAUAUGGGAUUAUGCAGCUUCUAUUAUCAGUAAAUUUGGGCACAAGAAAAAUUUCAUGCUACCAGACAGAAAUAAAUAUGUCAACAUGAGUCGUCACUUCCUCAAGUCUUACAUGUUGUUGGUCAUUAAAACUUGUCACAAAAGAGGAGCUCAUGCUACUGGGGGAAUGGCAGCUCAAAGUCUCAGUAUGGAAAACACUUCACGGAAUUCAGAAAUCAUUGAAAAUGUGUGCAAGUCUAAACUUCAAGAAAUAUCAGCAGGGGUUGAUGGUUUCAUGGUUUACGACAUUGGUUUAGUACCAUACAUAAACAAGCUCUGGAAGCAACAUGCACCUGAACCAAAUCAAUUGUCAGUACUACCCAAUGAGUCAGUGAGUCCAGAAGAUUUGUUACAAAUGCCUACUGGAGGAGUGACAGUAAAUGGAAUGAAACAUAAUGUGCAAGUGGCCAUUUUGUUUAUUUACUAUUGGUUUCAAGGGCGUGGCCAUUUUGAGUUCAAGGGAGCUGUAGAAGAUUCUGCCACAGCAGAAAUAUCUAGAUCUCAAAUAUGGCAAUGGAUAAGACACAAGGCAAGUAUGGAAGAUGUCAAUGGAAUAGUAUCAAAACAUCUUGUGAGCAAAUUUGCUAGUGAAUUUAUCACAGAGUGUAAGAAAAAUAAUCAGUUCUGCAACUCUAUUGAUGAUUACCAGAAGAUCAUUGCAGCAAAAGAAAUAUUUUUGGAACUAGUAACAAAAAGAGAGUUUCCUGAUUUUAUAACAACAUUUCUAAACAACAACUAUAUAUUUUGGCAUUUUCACAAACACUCUAUAUCAUCAGGACCAAAGUGUCACUUAUAAAUAUACCAUUGAUGUAGAAAAAUAAAAUGUAUACAAAGAUGUAUUAUGUAAUUAACAUUGUAGAAACAGUUACUUUCACUUGCAUGUUAAAAUUUUUAUUAUGUAUUUAAUUUUUAUUUUGAAUUGAAACUAACGAAGAUGUACAUUUGAAUUUCUUGAUAAUAAAAACGAUUGAAAAUGGCAAAAUAAAUGUUUGAGGAACGUCUUAAUUUACAGAUUAAUACAAAAUUAGUACAAUAAUCUUUACUACUAAAAACAUCUCUACAUCUAAACAAGGUGGAAAUCAAAAACAAAACUAUCUUGGUCAAGCUCAUUCUCAUAAACCUUCAUGCAUUCUUUAGAGAAUAACAACAGGACUUAAUUAUGAAGUAUUAUUUCUCAUUUCAUUUGUAAAGUAUUUUACUGAGAUAGAUAUAAUUACUGGUGAGGAUUAAAUCACUUACUCGUGUAUUAAAUGUAUGUUAUCGUUAAAAUUACUUGGUAUCGCAUAAUAAUCUUUGGAAACCAAGCAACUGAAAAAUUAGAAUCUGAAGAACUUGAAAAACCACAAUGCAAAACUACCAUGUAUUCCACUUUAAAAACUAUUAGUAGAAAGUGAUUUUGCUUAAAAAGUGCUAAUGGAACAAUUUGCUUAGAACAUUAUAUUCAAGUCACGAUACUAGAAUUUCCUUUACAUUCUCAAGUGCAGUUUUAGAAGUUCAUUCCUUAUAAUUCUGAUGGAUAAGAAAAAUUCUUUAUCUAAGAUAGGUACAAUUCAUGAGGUUUUUUAAAAAUGUAUAGUUUGUUUACAGCGAUCUAGAUAAAAGUGUUACACAUUUGAAAUUUCAAAACACUCCCAGACAUUUCCAGCUCUUAAAUUUUGAGAUUUCAUGUUAAUAAACUAUUUUGAAGCAUUAAGAUUUAGGAUUUCAAGACCCCAAAACAUAUAUUUCAAUUAAAAUUACAAAUACUAGAUAAUUUUAAGACUUCACACUGAAUCAUGCAAGGACAGUUCACUCUGCAUGAAACCAACUGUAUAUGAAUAAAAACUAUGCAAUUGUUAAUAUAAUAUAAUUUGAAAAUGAAAAAAAAUGAAUGCUAAAAUUAUAAAGUCAAUGAUAAAAACCUUCAACAAUUUAGUAAUACAAGUAUUUUUAAAUCAUUUUUACAUAUCACUACGAUUAAACGGUAUUACAUGUGAAUUAGAGAAUAUUACGAACUUUUCCAGACAAUUUUAGGUUUGCAACAGCCUUAUGCUUACAAGUGAACAUGCAAGGGGAAGACUGACUUCACUUUUCUCAAUUCUUCAAUUUAUUUAGAGCUUCAUUUAACAGUUCAUCAGCUGUUAUGAUGUCAUCCAAUCAGGAGCUUACAUAUCACUAUAGUGAUGUCACUAUGGUGAUAUUUUAUCUCCCAAUUGGAUGGCACCAUAACAGCUGAUUUACGUUGACUGAACCCAUUUUUAAAUCCAAGUAUAAUGCUGCUUUUCCAAUAACAUUUAGUGCAAUACAUCAGCAAUAUGGCAUAACUAAAUUUAUCCCAAAAUAAAGGCAAAGCAAAAGCAAAAAUCCUGAGUUUUUUUCAGACAAUACCAAAUUUUGUCAUCUUUUCCAGUUUUUCCUUGCUUUCUUAGCCAUAUCAUUUAUUGGUAUUUUGGAUUCGAUUUUUUUUCACUCCAAAUAAUAAAGUUUAUUUAUUUAGGACAUACAGUUGACUCCAGUUAUAGGGAACUCACGAUACAGCAAACCCUCAGUUAUAGUGAAUUUAAGUCACUGGUGCCGUUUCACUUACAUUGCAAAUAAGCAUAUGUAGAUUCGGUUAUAGUGAACCUGAACCUUAGCUAUAGUGAUCAUAGGAAGAAGUUCUUGGAAAUUACUUGGAUCUUUUAUGGUAUUAGGUGAUUAAAGAGGCCUUCAGAGAGUUGGUGUUCCAACAGUACAAGAGGUGUUGAAU